AUGGAAGAAACUGUCAAACAACUUCAAUUAAAAGAAGGUAAUCAGCAAGUACAUCUUCCUUGCAUGUUCUUGCUUGCCAUAGAUACCUUACCACGCCCCAUUUAUCAAUAUCUCCGAGGCAAAGCCCUUAAUGUUCUCCCAACUUAUUCCAAAGAAGCAGAACAACUCCUUUCUCAAGCUGUUAAAAGCAGUCCUUCUCUUGUUGAUGCUUGGAACUCUCUUGGAGAGAGUUAUUGGAAGGCCGGAAAUAUUUCCCAGGCUCACCAUUGUUUUACAGGUGCUCUGUCUCAUGUGAGAAGUGAUAAAGAAUCACUCAGAAAUUUGUCAAUGGUUUUACGCCCAGAUUGGAAAGGAAGGCCAACACUCGUGAGAGUUUUAGAGAAAGCUAAACAAGCUGUUUCAUUAGAUGUGAAAGAUGGAACAUCAUGGAUGGUUCUUGGUAAUGCUUAUCUGGCUAUCUUUUUUACUGUUGAACAAGAUCCCAAAAUGCUACAACAAUGUAGGACAGCAUAUAACCAAGCUCUUCAAUUAUAUGAAGAAGAAUAUACUAUUGGACUAGAUCAUUUAGAACAGGCUUGUAGACUAGAUCCAGGCUGGUCAACACCACAACAAAAACUACAAUCUAUGAAACAAUUUCUACAAAGUUAUAGUCAACUUAUAGGAGCUCGUGGAAAACUUAAACCAAAAAAAGCUAGCAACUCUACAACAAUCUGUUUUAGAAUCAUGUGA